CGGAAGUGCCUUUGGCGCUGGGGAGGCGGGGCCGAAGGGACUCAGCGCGAGCGGGCAGAGCAGAAGGAAGGCGGCGGAGAUGGAGCGGCCGUGAGGAGGGGGAAAGCGCGCGCGCCCACCCUCGCCCACCCCGGACAGGCGGCGGCGGCUCUCGUCAGGCGGCCAUGGAGACUGUGCAGCUGCGCCACCCGCGCCGGCAGCUAAGGAAAUUAGAUGAAGAUAGUCUGACAAAACAACCCGAAGAAGUGUUCGAUGUGCUAGAAAAACUCGGAGAAGGGUCCUAUGGCAGCGUUUUCAAAGCUAUCCAUAAAGAAACGGGCCAGGUUGUUGCAAUUAAGCAAGUUCCUGUUGAAUCUGACUUGCAGGAGAUCAUUAAAGAGAUAUCCAUAAUGCAACAAUGUGAUAGUCCUCAUGUAGUCAAAUACUAUGGCAGCUAUUUUAAGAACACGGACCUCUGGAUUGUCAUGGAAUAUUGCGGUGCCGGAUCUGUGUCUGAUAUUAUUCGACUGCGAAAUAAAACGUUGAUGGAAGAUGAAAUCGCUACAAUAAUACAAUCAACACUCAAAGGGCUGGAAUACCUCCAUUUCAUGAGGAAAAUACACCGUGACAUCAAAGCUGGCAAUAUACUACUCAAUACAGAAGGGCAUGCUAAACUUGCGGAUUUUGGGGUAGCAGGCCAACUCACAGACACCAUGGCAAAAAGGAACACUGUGAUAGGAACUCCUUUUUGGAUGGCACCUGAAGUGAUUCAAGAAAUCGGAUACAAUUGUCUAGCAGACAUCUGGUCUCUGGGCAUUACUGCCAUUGAAAUGGCGGAAGGAAAACCACCAUAUGCCGAUAUUCACCCGAUGAGAGCAAUUUUCAUGAUUCCAACAAAUCCACCUCCAACAUUCCGGAAGCCGGAAGUCUGGUCAGACGAAUUCACAGACUUUGUAAAGCAGUGUCUUGUGAAGUGUCCAGAAAAAAGAGCCACUGCCACGCAGCUGCUUCAGCAUCCGUUUGUAAAAAAUGCCAAAGGAGUUUUCAUCCUACGAGACCUGAUUAAUGAAGCAAUGGAUAUUAAACUGAAAAUUCAGGAAGCUCAACAGCGUGAGAUGUAUCAUGAUGAUGAAGAAAAUUCAGAAGAAGAUGAAACUGACGCUAGGACCAUGGUGCGGGCACAGGGACAAGAGACUGGUACAAUCAGAGCUGCUUGUGGAAUGAGUGAUGGCAUCAACACCAUGAUAGAAUACAAUGACACGUUAGAGUCACAACUGGGAACAAUGGUCAUAAAUGCUGAAGAUGAAGAAGAUGAGGGUACAAUGAAGAGAAGGGAUGAAACAAUGGAGUCUGUCAGACCAUCUUUCCUUGAUUAUUUUGAGCAAAAAGAAAAAGAGAAUCGGAGAAACAACUAUGGAAGGAAUGUACCAGAAAGAUAUUCCUCCGAUUGGAGAGUUCCUCAGGAUGGUGAUUAUGAAUUCCUGAGAAACUGGACUGUUGAAGAACUUCAAAGAAGACUUGGGGCGCUUGACCCCAUGAUGGAGCAGGAGAUAGAAGAAGUUCGCCAAAGGUAUCAGUCGAAACGGCAGCCUAUUCUUGAUGCCAUUGAAGCAAAGAAGAGACGCCAGCAGAACUUCUGAGGAAAGCCUGCCAGUAGAAUAGAUAUCCAUCAUCCCUAACAAUAAACUGCGUUUCUAUGACUACUGUGUAGGUGGAUUUCUGUUUUAAAUGGUCCGGUUUUCACGUGACACUAAGCCAAACCAUAGCUUAGCAUGAACAAAUUCCCAGAGAGGAGAUGGUGGCUUUGUUCCUACUCUGGUCAAUCUGCUGGGCUGCACCGAGCAAAGCCAUGAUUUGGCUUAGUGUGUCCUCUGAACCCAGUCUUGUGAUUUAGCUCUCACAGACAAACCACAUGCUGUAACCAAGGUUUGUCCUAUGGUUUAUGAUUUGGAGAGAGCUAAGCCAUGAGCCCAGGUUCAGAAGACACACUAAAUCAAAUCGCAGCUUAACUCGAUGCAGUGCAACAGCAACAGGACCAGGGAGGAGCAAAAUGCCUGCUGUGUGUUAAGCCAUGGCCUGGCCUAGCGUUGUGUGCAAACAAUGGCAAUGUGUUAGCAAAGCAAAGCAAAGCAAGCCAGUGGCUGCUUCCUCCAUUUACUGUAGCACCUUUUCAAACUCAGGAAUGCCAUUAUGUGGAGUCCUCAUGAACAGAUUAUGCUUGUGUUUCAGUGUUAGAUGUGUUCUGAAUAGAUCGCAGGUUGCUUCAGAGAAGUCCUGUUACUUUUGGACCCUGUCUAUAUAUUUUGGAGGAACAGUUGGAAACAGACUAAAAGAAUGUUGGUGCUCAGAUGGCCAGUCAGUCUCACAGGCCUGUUUUCUGCCUUGUGGGUUUAUCCCAUCCUGUGGUGUAAGGCUGCCUCAUUGGUUCAUGAAGAAAACAAAGUAGGUAAAAUGCUGUCUUUUGUUGGAUGCACUUAGGUUGGACUGCAAGGAUGCAAACGUAUGCUUCUUUUUGUGAAACUCUUAAGUGCUUGUGAAACCAGAAACCUUGCACACUUGUCUGUUCGCCUAAUUUGGCCCAAUAAAAGAUGCAUAGCUUAACUUCCGUAUCUCCUUUAUGCAGCAACCACUUUGUAUUAAACUGCUCCCUCUUUAAACUCCCCCUGUUACUGUUUAAUGGUACUCUGGAAAUAGGUUUUUAAAAGAAAAGUGAUUCACUGGCAAAAAUAUGCAACCUGCUCCAGCGUUUGAAAAGGAAUAUAAACUCUUUUUGUCCCUUCCAAAAGCCUCUAAAAGUCCCAUGCCUUACAUUCCCCCUUUUAAAGCAUUGAAUUUCAGGCUUAUAUUUAUAUCCUUUCCACUGUGUACUUUAUGAGUGAAUGCUGAUAACAUUUGAGUGAUUCCUUGGUAUUUUUAAAAUAUAUUAAUGUGAAACCAACCCAUCACUCAAGAAAACGUGAAUCCUACUUUGUAUUUCUUCAGAAUUCCUUGCAGCAGAGGAAUGUCAAAGUACUUGCAACUCAGGAAAUUACGAACUCUCUUGAGAUAAUGAGAGAUUUGAAAUAUUUAAGGAAUUGUGAAUGUUUAUGGGCUUUGCUAUUUUGAGCUUAAUUUGUUUGAGGCUUGCAAUAUUAGUUUUAAAUUUUAAACUAGAAUGUGUUUUUCUGUUUAUUUGGAAAGGUUAAGGACGUCAGUUAAGAUUAAAAUAACAAUCUGUUGGCUCAAAAGAAUAAUAUCAGAAUGGCCUUUUAGGAAAGCUUGAUGUGUCAAGCUUAAUAAAGCAAUUUCAUUCAUUUCUAAGCAGCAGGACUCCUGCUAAAACAAAGUGUGCGAGAGUGUGUCUGAUGCUCUGUGCAAUUCUCACUCGUUGCUGUUGGAUUUGCACAAGAGAAAUUUAUGAUGGAAUGUGCCUGUGGUUAUUGGCCUCCCCAGGUUUCACAAGUAUCAGAACACAAUGACCAAGCUCUAUAAAAGGGCCUCUUGCGUCAACAUGUGAAUGAAGGGAGCACAGAGUCUUCCAGUCCAGCAGCAGCCUCCCUGUGCCUCAUACAUUGCUCCUCAGAGGGUCCCAUGACCUUCAGAGGGUGCAUAGGAAGCGGGUUGCUAAAAUGUCACAUUUGUGGCUGGAAGGCGGCAUGCCUGUUGCAUCCUAGCCAGUCUCUACAGUUCUUGAUGUUGCAGCAUAAUAAACUGGAAUAAAGGCAGAAAUGUGCAGAUACACUUCCAUUCUUGCUGCUCAGGGCCUGAAAAUUUGUGACAGCCCGUGUGUAACUUCUGUUUUACUCUGGUUGCAGCAGAGGAUUAAACACUCUGGUACUAACCUUUUAGGGUGGUGUGGGGGAGAGAUCAUGACCUAGCCUUCAAUCUCUCCUCUUCACUUAUCCCAGCUCCACUGUGGCCGUUAAUGCUGUACUCUCAUCCCAGUUGCACCAUAGGCCAUGCAUUCUUUUGCAUGUGGUGAGUGUGACCUGAACCAAGUUUACGUUUCAUGAGCUAGUGGGGAAGGGUGAAGUCAUCCAAGCCCUUCCUGCUGCUGAAGGAAGAUUGUCAUCAUUGUAAGCAGAGCCCAAGCUCUUUUCAAAAAUAUAGGGAAGCAUUGCUGUUAAGACCACCUGCUGAAGAGCAGUGGUUGCCAGUGUUUCUCUUUCUAAUGACCAAGGAUAUAUUUGGCUUAGCCCAGAUCAGGGGUGGGGAACCUCUGGCCCUCCACAUGUUGUUGUUGUGACUCCCAACACGCAAGGACGCUGGGAGCCAAUGCCCAGGGAUGAUGGGAGUUGUAGUCCAGUAGCAGCUGGAGGGCCACAGGUUCCCCAUCACUGCCCUGGAUGGAGAUGCCCUAAAAAAGCUGAGCAGAAAUUAGCAAUCCGGUUGUACAAGUUCAGUGACAGAAAGAGAAGUAUUAAAAUAAACCAAAGUAAUUACGUUCCCUGUAAAGCCAUGCUGAUCAGCUGCUGUUCAAGUAUGUACAGUUUGCAACGCAAGUUAACCUUUUGAAAUACUCGUUUUUGUUAAUGGUUCUAGCAAAUAGAAAUCUGCCAUGAAAGGCUAGAAAGCCAGUCAUUUGCAAUUUAACUAUGGAGGUGCAAGCAAAGGGGUAAAGUGAGGGGAUGCUACCUGCAGCAGAAAUGAACUUUAUUUACUGCGCAAGUAAAUUUAUUUUGCACCCCCUCCUUCUACUGUUUCCUUGCUUUAAAUGGAAUUUUCGACUAUGUGAAUCAGGUGGGAGGACCUUUCUCAGUAACCCAGUGAAGCCAGAUGGCUGCUAAAGUGGGUGCCUUUUGCCUCUGGUUAUGAUGCCUACCCCACAGUAUUUCACAUUCAGGUAUUUAGGUGAGGAACUUGCUCUCACAUAAAGGAGAUGGUCCUUUAGCUGGGAAUCUUUGCCUUUACAAUAUGUGCCAUGGUAGCAGGGAAAUACAUGUGUUUGGGAUGUCUUGUCUGCAACCAGCCAGACUCUUAAUGAGUCUCCUAAUGAAAUAUUACUAUUUUUGUUGUGGAAGCAAAUGAAUGAAAAAGCACAGCAGUCUCAGUAACGUAGUCCCAUCCCCCCCCACUCCCAAUCUAAAA